UACGUUACUACGCAACAGGACACCGGCUAGCAAGUGAACUUACCUACCUAGCUAGCUAGCUAGCUAACUAAACUCAUUCAAUAUCUUUUGACUUUUUUGAUUUAAUGCUGCAGAAACCUGACAACCAACUUAUUUUCUAGCCAAGAUGCUUGUAAUAGUAUAAAAGAGCGGUGUGUCUUGAUGCUGUGUACAUCUCUUUUCUGACCGGGGUCGAAUGAACAUCCAUGGUCUGUGGGGAAGGAGCAGCCGUUGAGGUGCCAACGCCACGUUUGCGAGUUACCGGCCAAAUCCUCAUUAUCAUUGACGUCCUACUGUGGAACUAAUUGUCUCUAUUUUCUAUUUGAGACGAGUCUGAUAGAAGAACAAGAACAUCCACAGACAAACCGUGUUCGCAUCCAGGCGGUUGCCAUGCACCUGUAAUCCGCUUCCUGUCAGCCACCCAGGCCCAGCCACCCAGGCCCAGCCACCCAGGCCCAGCCACCCAGGCCCAGCCACUGCGCUCCGGUCCAGUGGGUCCCCAUGGAGCCCAGUAAUGACGUGGCGUUGGAUAUCAUUAUCACCAACGUGGUGGCCGUAUUCAGGACACGCUGUCAUCUCAACCUGCGCACCAUCGCUCUGGAGGGGGUCAACGUAAUCUAUAAACCUGAAUAUGGGAAAGUCCUGAUGAAACUCCGCAAACCCAGGAUCACCGCUUCCAUCUGGUCUUCAGGGAAAAUUAUCUGUACUGGCGCUACCAGUGAGGAUGAGGCUAAGCAGGGAGCCCGGAGAUUAGCCCGCACCCUGCAGAAACUGGGCUUCAAGGUGAGGUUCUCAGAGUUCAAGGUGGUGAACGUCCUGGCAGUGUGCUCCAUGCCCUUCGCCAUCAGACUCAUCGACUUCACUAAGAACAACCGGCCCAUCGCCAGCUAUGAGCCAGAGCUCCACCCCGCGGCCACCUACAGGAUCAAAACCCUCAAAGCCACCGUCCAGGUCUUCUCUACUGGCAGCCUCACCAUCACAGGACCAAAUGUGCAGGCUGUUGCCACGGCUGUAGAGCACAUCUACCCCAUGCUGUUAGAGUGUCAGAAACCCCUCCGCAAAUAACAGACACGAAAAACAAGAACGAAAUGGAGAGAGAGAAAGACAGAGGCUAAAAGCACCUUAUCCAUUGGAUGCAUUGUAUUAUCCUCAACUUAUCUGCCCGGCCACACGCCUUGGCCUUUGUCCUGAUUGGCUGGAUUUGUCCAGGAAGUCAGAAAGGCAGCUUCUGUCCUCCUACUGUCCAAUGACCUGUUGUCUUGGUGACAGCUACGCCCUCUGAACUUUGACCCUGGAUGACCUCUACAGUAUGACCUCUAACCUUUCACCUUUAGCAGCCAGCCAGCCAAUGAUGGCUGCUCCAGUGACUGAUGCACACUAGAAGGGGCGGGGCUCUCCAAGCCAUCCAUGAUUCCUUAGUUUUCAAUUGUAUUAUUUUAGAUUUGAUGACGUCACGGCCUGUGUUCCAAAUGGCAGCCUAUUCCCUAUAUAGUGUACUACUUUUCAUAGGUCUGUGGUCUAAAGUAGUGCACUAUGUAGGGAAUAGGCUGCCAUUUGGAACAUGGGCAGACAGACCAGUCUUCAACAUGACCUGUCCCACAGAAAGGUUUUAACAGAACAUGACAUAAACAUACAUUUCCAUAAGAAGCUAUUAUUGUCCCAUUUGACUGUGAUGUUGAACAGAGUUUUAGACCUUAUAUUCGUCUGCUCUCUAUUCAUAUCACUGGGAUUGCAAAAUCCCUGUAACUUUCCACAAAUUCCCAGGUUCUCCAAAAAUCUUUUGGUCUGUUUCUUCCAUCCCUUUUCUGGGGAAACUUCCAACUGGGAUUUCUUGAAAACCUGUGAAUUCUGGGAGAAUUGCCGGUUUUAUGCAACCCAACAUGUCCCCUUAAACCACAGAUCAGAUGUUUCCAUCCACCUUGGUAGUCUUUUACUUGAGAUGCGUGUCUUCUGGAAGACUCCGUCCAUGAGUUGUUCAGGCUGGGGCUUUGAAUACUUGACAGACAAGUUGUGGAUCUGUGGAGAGAAACGCCCGCUGGAAUGGGAAAUGCAGGGUUGACCUAUUGCUCUCCUGAUUGUUGUAUGGUUAAACUUUUUUGUAUUUUAUUAAAAAAGAAAAUAAAAAAAAAAGGAAAGUAACAAUAAAAUAGGAUAAUCAGA